AUGGGAAACGACAAUGAAUCUUCGAAUCUGCGGAAGAUUCUGUAUCCAACGUACUCGCGAGAACCGUACGAACUCGAGAAAUGGAGCUUCUACAGUGGCAUCGACGUGCCUCACAAAGGGUCGUCCUAUGGAGUUUGGGCUCCGAUUUCUCGAUAUUCAGACCUUUUCGACCGGAACCUGAGAUCUGUCAAGUAUGGUGAGCUUGUGUUUGUAUCAUAAAAUUAUUGUAUUUGAUAAUCUUGAUACUAAAAAGAUAACUUUUUUGGUCAAAAAGUGCGCAGAAAAGCUUUUUAUUAGCGAGAUUGUUCAGUGUUGGCUAAAUUUUAGUGUUAUUCUGCAUAUACUUUAGCCAUUAGGCUUUAUUUAAGUUCUCAUUUUCAAUAAUAUACUUUAUGGUUACAGUAACAGAAGGAGCCGAGAACCGUGAACCAGACCUGUCUCAAGACCUACAGUUUGCGCCGUUUUACUCCGGAUUGGGACGAUAA